AUGGCAUGGAUCAUCAAUGUUGUAGAUCCAGUUAUGCACGACAGCAUCUCGCAUGCAUCAACUACGAGAGAUAUUUGGGAAGAUCUGGAGGAGCGCUUUGCUCAAACAAAUGCUCCUAGGAUCCAUCAUUUGUGGCGCAUGCUAUGUUUGAUGGAGCAUGAAUUAGACAUGACUAUGACAGAAUAUUAUACCAAAUUUAAGAGUCUCCUUGAUGAACUAAGAGAUCUGCAACCACUUCUAGAAUGCACAUGUGGUGCGUCUAAAGAAAUUUUGCAGAGUGAAAGAGAUAAGCAAGUACAAUUAUUUCUCGAAAGUCUUACCAGUGAACAAUUUGAACAUGUUAAGGCGGAAGUGUUGAACACCGAACCUUUGUCGUCGCUUCGAUGCGUAUUUAACCAUGUUAUGAGAAAAGAAGCUCGAAUCAUGGGUGAAAAAGGAUGGAUUACUGCAACUAAAAGAGAAUCUGGAGGAUCUGUUUUUUAUGCAUCUAAACAAAAUGGAUAA